AUGACGACGGCAAUGCCUUCGCCUUCGCUGGCCAAUGGCGGGACGGAGAACGACUCGAAGUCUGCCGACCACGAGAAAACCGCCAAUGAUGAUCAGAAUCUCAGCAGCGAUACCUCAGAAGCCGGCGAGCAAACGACCAAAUCCGACCCCAACAAAACGAAACCACGAUGGCGACGGAUCUACGACAUCAUAUACUGGACACCAGAACGUCUACGAUGGAACCCCGAUUCGCCACCGAAAUUCUCCAUGGGUCUAAACAUCCUCUUCGGUUUCGCCGGAGCCUUCACGGUAGCGAAUCUCUACUACAACCACCCGAUCCUGAACAUCCUAGCCCAUGACUUCGGCGUACCAUACGUCAAGGUCUCGAACAUCCCCACAUUGGCACAGGCGGGCUACGCAGCCGGGCUGCUAUUCCUCUGCCCAUUGGGAGACAUGUUCGAGCGGCGACCCUUUGUCCUGACGCUCGUCUUCUUCACCGCGACCAUGAGCAUCGGCCUAGCCCUAACCUCCUCCCUAUCAGCCUUCUGCGCAAUCCAAUUCAUCACGGGCGUAACAACCGUAACCCCCCAGCUAAUGCUUCCGCUAGUCGGAGACCUCGCCCCGCCCAACCGCCGCGCAGCCGCCAUGUCCAUCGUCGUCUCCGGCCUCAUGCUCGGGAUCCUGCUCGCCCGCCUCCUGUCAGGUAUCAUGACCCAAUACGUCUCCUGGCGCUACGUCUAUUGGCUCUCCGUCGCACUACAAUAUCUCAUUUUUGUGGGCUUGUGGUUGCUGAUGCCGGAUUAUCCCGCGACGAAUAAGGGAGGGAUGAAUUAUUUCAAAAUGCUUUGGAGCAUUUUGGUUAUGUUGACCAAACAUCCGGUUUUGGUGCAGGCGUGUCUGAUUUCGUUCUUUACGAGCGCCACUUUUACGAAUUUCUGGACGGUGCUCACGUUUCUUCUUUCGGGAAAGCCGUAUUACUACGAUCCUGUCACCAUUGGUCUCUUCGCCUUGGUGGGGAUAGCAUCCAUGAUCUGUGGACCCUUCUAUGCUAGGAUCGUCAUCGAUCGCUUCGUGCCCUGGUUCUCCGUCAUGCUAGGCAUGGGCUGGUGUCUCCUUGGUAUCAGUAUAGGCACCUACACUGGCACUUUCACAGUCGCGGGACCCAUCGUUCAAGCCUUCGUCAAUGAUUUCGGGAUGCAAACGGCACAAAUCGCGAACCGCUCCGCCAUCUUUGCCGUCGAACCCAGGGGACGAAAUCGAGUCAAUACCGCCUUCAUGGUCGCCACUUUCCUCGGCCAACUGGUCGGAACAUCCGUAGGCGCACACCUCUAUGCCAAAGGCGUAUGGAUAGCAAGUGGCAGUUACAGCAUGGGUAGUAUCGGCAUGGCUCUCCUCAUCACCCUUUCCCGCGGCCCAUGGGAAGAAGGAUGGCUUGGUUGGCAUGGCGGCUUAUCAAUCUAUAAGAAGUCCAAGACGAGUGGAGAUGGCAAGACGGAGGAGCAGCGAUCGGAUCUCAGACGAAUGGGGACGAAUGAAGUUGUGCCUACGCUUGGGCGGCAGGGUGGCGAAGUGGAUGUUGAGAAGGGUGUUCCUCUUGAAGGUCAUGCUGACAAGCACCCACACCAUCACGGACGAGAUAAUGCCGCCGAGGUGAACGCGACGGAUGCUGAGAAGUCGCUUGAGAUGCGGGCGGCGGAGAAUCAGUAUGGUCUUGCUGCUGCUGCUGCUGCUCCAAGCACAAACGAGAGUCGUCAUCAGAAAGGCCCUGUGGCACCUCAAGAUCCUCAGGCAUGA